AAAAGGCAGUGUCCGUUCGGCGUGAUUUGAAGAAGGCAGUGAUCCGCUCUGAACCUUCUUUCCGGUUCGACGUUGAAAGUGAGUGAGUUAGUGCAGAAAGCAAAUUUUAUCUUAUUUCAUCCUGUGAUAAAUUAUUAUAAUCCAAGAUGGGGAAGAUUAUGAAACCGGGCAAAAUCGUGCUGCUGCUCGGCGGCCGAUUUGCUGGACGCAAAGCUGUAGUCGUCCGCAACUACGAUGAUGGUACCAACGACAAGCAGUACGGCCAUGCCUUAGUGGCCGGCAUUGACCGGUAUCCCAGAAAGGUCCACAAGCGCAUGGGCAAGGCCCGCAUCCACAAGAAGUCCAAGAUCAAGCCUUUCCUCAAGAUUGUCAACUACAAUCACCUGAUGCCCACCCGCUACACCGUAGAUAUUCCCUUGGAGAAGAUUGCCCCCAAGGACCUUAAGGACCCCGCUAAGAGGAAAAUCCUUCGUUUCCAGACUAGGUGCAAGUUCGAGGAAAGGUACAAGGCCGGCAAAAACAAAUGGUUCUUCCAGAAGCUGAGGUUCUAAUUUCAUUUUUGUAUACGCACUUGUGCAAUAAAACCCAAAAAAAUC